AUUUAAACAAUUAUAUCCGGGUUUGAUGUUUCACGCGUGGUUAAUAUUUAAACACAUUUAAUGUAUAUAACUAUUAAUUGCACAACAUAUUGCUUAAAACAUUAGGAAACGACAAUGGACAUGAAAUGUAUCAUUUUUGUUCUCUGUUUAACAAUAACUGUGUCGUGGAGCAAACAAAAACAUGACUGUUUAGAGAACGGACCAUCAUGUAAGAGACAGUUUAAGUACACUAUCAACAAUCAGCUUCAAUCCCCAUACUUCAGAGCGAGUAUCGUGUUACGGGUAUAUCCACGUGUAACGAUGAUAAGAUACAUGGAACAGUCGGUGUUACAAAAACCAAAGGAGUUUGUAAAUUUCAGAGCGAAAUUUACUGCCCCUUAUGGCUACUUUGUGGAAAUGAUUCAUGACCUUACAGGAACUUACACUGUCAACAAAACAUACUGGCAGAUUUCUAAUUCGUCUGGACCUCUGGAUGUUGGUGUCAGUUCCUAUAUACCAUCUGCCGGUGAUGCUGUUCUGUUUAAUUUUACUCAAGGAUGACUUAAACAGCAGUUAUAACUUGAACAUUUUACUCUUGAAUCAACUCCGACAAAGAUGGGAAUGGAACUUUUAGAUUGUCAAUAAAAUGAUAGAAGUUUGAUAUUCAAAAUAAAGUGAAACAUCCCUUGCAAAA